UUAGUUAAGUCGCUCGUUUGAGGUGCGUCGGAAAAACAUCGCUGUUGCAAAGUUCUUUUUCGCUAUAUAGUGUCUGAAAAGUCGGAGGUCGUUAGUAGAAAAAGCAUUGGCUCCGACAGCCUAUUCACUGUUCUAAGAAAGUGAAAGUUAAUUAAAAACAGUGCAAAUUAUGUAAAAGCAUGCGACAAUAGUUUGCACAUGUAUAUAUGUAUUUAUGUAUGCGAAUGCUUGAGUGAGUGCUGAUCAAUUUACAUACGCAACAAUGUGAAGAGUGAUAUCUAUUAAGAAUACAAUAAUUUAAAAAACAAUUAACAGAGUUACGAUCAAAGUUAACAAUUUAAUUAAAAUGGUUUCGAUUAGUGCUUUCGUCCAACGAUACUUUAAUUACAUCUAUUGAUAACUUCCGAUUGGGGGAAGGAAGAAGAAGAUCCGGCCAUCAGACUGGAGGAGUCACUCACACUUAAGCGCAUUUUUGCACGCAAAAUUGCUUAUAAGAAAAAAUCCAAGUCGAUUUUAGCGGCCAUGCGAACUAAAAAUUUGAUAAUAAUAUUAAUCGGUGUGAUAAUCGUAACGAUCGUAUUUAUCGCAUUUGGACCCGCUGGCGAACCGAACGAUAGCUUUAAACAUAUCGUGGUGCAAACUCAUCAACAGUUGAAGGAGCUGCAGGAGAAUUUGCGUGUUGGCUCGGAACGCAAAAAGCUCGAGUUAGAGCCCAAAUAUUUGCUGUUGUUGGGAUUCACAUCGCCGCUGAGCACAAAUAAUUAUGACAGCCAACACAAGGCACAACAACAGCAAACAGACAAGCCCAAUUCGGCUGAGAGAGCGGGUCAAGAGGUCAAUGAAUUGCGACAGCUGCGUGGACAGGAGUAUGGAGCUGGUCAGCAGGAGUUGGAACAACAGCAGGAGCAGAGGAAUCAACGCAAACGUAUAACGACGCCAUACAAUGGAACCAAGGCCAAUUUCACCAUAGUCACGUAUGUGCAGGACGGACAGGCGGCAUCGGCCAUAUUGUUGGCCCAAAACAUUGCGGCCAAGUUGCCCGGGGAGUAUCUGCUGAUCUACGAUCUGGGCGUGUCCGAGGAGCAGCUGCGUUCGCUGAGUGCCUACUGUAAUAGCAGUCGCUGUGCCGUGAUCACCUAUGAUCUAUCCGAGUUUCCCUCGUUCGUCAACGAUCAGCGGACGCACGCAUAUCGCCCGAUUGUGAUAAAGGAUGCUUUAAGGCGGGCCAAGUCGGUGUUGUUCACCGAGAACUAUAUAAGGAUACGCGGUGGCCAGCGGGAGCUGCAGUUGCUACAGCGACGGGUCAAUGACUCCGGCGUACUCGGCUGGAAUACGCCGACAGCUGUCUCCUCACGCACACAUCCAAAGAUGUUCGAUUACUUUGAAUCGGACGCCGAGGAUUUUAUAUUUCUACGUAUGGUUGAUCUGGAUGCCAUCUUUUUUAUGGACAACAAGUUUGUCGAGGAGAAGAUCAUGUUGCCAUGGCUUAAAUGUGCCCUAACAUUGGAAUGCAUCGAUCCAAUUGGUGCUCAAUCGAAUGGCUGCAAGUUUAACAAAAAGCCGCUUUAUCGCUACUCCGGCUGUCAUGGCUAUGAUGCAUCAGCUUUCAACAUUGUGCUGGGUUUGACAUUGGGCCUGGACAACUCCAAGUAUUCGUUGCCCAGUGAUGGCGCAGAGAACAUGUUCUACAAGGAGACAUUGGAGCAGGCGACAAAAAUAUUGGAGAAUCGUCGUAGAAACACCAGCGAUACAUCGGAUCAUCCAUUCACGGACGACUGAGAAAAUGCAUCAUCCGAUGCAUUUGAUAAUGACAUAUGUUACAUUUUCUACAUUGGUAAAUACACACUCAGGAGCCGCUGGAUCAAAGCAAGCAAAUUGCUUACACUAAACAUCAUAAACAUAGUCUUUAUUAUUUAGGCAAGAUAACACUUGAUACAUAAAAAAGCACACGAUUUCAUUAUUAAAUAAACAUAAGUACAUACAUAUACAUAUGAAUCAUAUCGAGAUAAAUUCGUUGUAUCUUCAGUGAAUUCUGUGGGGAGAGUUACCGAGUACUUAGAUCAAAUCAAUUGAGAAGAAAAUGUGCUAUUUAUUUAUUACGGCCAGGCCAGAUAAGAAGCAGCUUUUAUCCAGAAUCAAAAACUCUCCUUGCUUACUUAUUUUUCUGAGUAUCAAUUGAAUGUAAUUGCAUAAUUGAUGCUCUCCUAUUCUUAAAUAUAGUAUGAAUAUUUUGAAUUAGCAUGUAAAUAAAU